AUGGGUGAGGUGCCUUUUCACUUGGUGGUGGAUUUGUUUUGUCCUCAGUCGAGGGGAUGGAAGGUGGAUGUAUUACGUCAGUUAUUUUCUCCGUUGGUUGUUCAGAAAAUUUUACGGUUGCAUAUUAGUCAUUGGGAUAAGUCGGAUACUUUGAUUUGGGCACCUGAGCAGAAUGGGUCUUUUUCUGUUCGCUCUGCUUAUGUUCUUGCACGGUCCUUUUACGAUCAGUGCCCAGUUCCCUUGACCAAUUUCUCUUGGCGUUCGGCUUGGCGGUGUAAUACUCUUUCAAAGGUCUGGAAGCUAUCACCUUUUCAUCUGGAUUUUUCCACUUUGUCGUUUACUUCCUUUUUGGAUGGCUGGCAUUUUUUGUUGUUACGGGCGAAUUCGUCACCAGAUCCCUCCCUCCCUCUGGGUUUGAUAUUCUUCUGUGCUUGGUAUAUUUGGAAAUCCCGCACUCAUCAGGUGUUUGAUGGUGUGUUAUGGGAUGCGGCGCAGGUGGUGGCUAAAGCGGUUGCUAGUUUUUGGGAGUUUCAGGAAGCUCGGUACCAAUGUUCUCUCGUGGCCGCCCCUGUUCCUUCUCCUUCAGCCGGGUCUUGGAUUCCACCUGUUGAAGGGCUGAUUAAGUGUAACUUUGAUGCUAGUUUUUCUCUAACGUCUUUCCGUGGCAGUGGUGGUGCUAUGUUUCGUGAUUGUCGAGGCCUUAUUCUUCAUGCGGUUGUCUUUCGGCCUUUCAUUGCUUCUUCGGCUUCGAUGGGUCUGGUUGAGUCGGUGCAGAAUGUUUCGGUUUGCCCUUCUGAGAUUGCUUCGGUUUGCUUUGAUAUCCGCAUGGACCUUCAGUUUUUCGCCGUUGCUUCUUUGAAGCAUGUUCGACGUUCAGCUAAUAGGAUGGCUCACGCUAUUGCAAUGUUGUCUAGACUUGCUUCUCCUAUUGAUUAUGAGCUAUUUCCAAUCCCGCCUCAGAUAUCUGCUUUUGCUCGUUUGGAUGCCUUGGGUCUGCCUUCGUAG